CGUUGCAGUAGGAGGGUCCAUGUGCCCAGAAUGACGUCGCUCUGACUGCAAGUCGGACCGAGUCCUUCGUUUGUUUUUAUUAGUCUUUUAUCUGACGGCCCACAAUUGGUAAUCCGCAAAAUUACUGCCAUAAUGUGAGAUCAUGUGCCGCUGUCGUCCGACCCGUCGCUGUCUUUCGUGCUGUCAAAAACAGCGCCUUGCUGUUGAGGAUUAGGAGUGAUAAUACGCAGUAGACUUCUCCAGUGUGUUCAGCUGUCAAACUGAAAACUAGUGGAUGUAUUGGAAAGAGUAGAUAGAGCACAAUUUCCAGUGGGGGACACUGCCGGAGAGAAAUAUUUAUUGACUUUGCUUUUUAUGUCUUUUUUGUCCUCCGGAUUAUUGCUGCCCAGCAACACAGCCACCUGACAAUUCUGAAUGUCGUAAUUAAGGUGAAUCAAUGAUCCAGGCAUGGAGACCAAAAGAUACCAAAGUUUCUUUGAUGGAAGUGAUACAGAGAACAGAUGGUCUCAGGCCCCUAGCACCAUGGAGUACUGCUGCAGUACAGAGGAUUCAAGUCUGACUAGCAACGAUAUUCUGAUGGACAUAGUCAACGUCAGCUGCCCUGCUGGAAGCCCAGCAGCUGACUGCAAAGACAACAACGCAAAGAAGCAGGAGCAGCCAAUGCUUCGGCUAAAUGAGAACCAACCGUUUGUUCUCCCACUCUUACACAACUCUGUCCAUGGACGCAAGCAGGAAAUGGACUCCAAGGAGCUUUCCAAGACUGUGGCUGAGUCCAUGGGCUUGUAUAUGAAUGCUGCCAGGGAGGCAGACUUUGCCUUCAGCCAGCAGGGGGGUAGUACCAGCCCAGGGAAGAUAUACCAAGUGUGUGGGCGGCCUCUUGAGGAGAACCAGUGUGUGGCCACUAAGAGCCCCAAGGUAAAGCCAUUGGGGUUCCAGCAGCCCAGUGCCAGUCCCAGAGAAUGCACUGCUGGGACCCCAGUUAGCUCAGCUUCUAUGCUGGCCUCAUCUCUGUCCUGCAGUCCCCAAACCUGCAGCUCCAUCUCCAGCCCAGGGGGUAGUAACAAUAUGGUGUCAUCCACCACCAGUCCCACCACAUGCUUUGGACCAGUGCACUCGUCUGUCAGUAGUCCUGUAAACCAGAGUUCCUCAGCUUCGACUCUGACCCACAUCCAGCGCAGGAAUUCAGCCACAUGUAGCCCUGUAGAGUCCAGCACAGUGGGCUCUCCACCCCUCACCAGCCCACUCAACAUCAUGAGGUCACCAAUGUCCAGCCCCCAGAGUAUGAGUAGUGUAAGAUCUCCGCCCUCUUGCAGCACUACAUGUAACAUUAGGUCAUCUGUCUCAAGCCCCACAGGUGGUAACAGCAACAACACCGCCAACAACUGCAACACAAUGAGGCCCUCCAUCUCCAGUCCAGCCACAGGGGGUGCUAUGGCUGUCAACAGCCCACACAACCCCUCCUCUGGUGGGUUUCCUGUGUCCAGCCCUGCCAGCGGUCUGGGUCUGGUGCAGAAUGACACCAAUAGCCCAGAGGCAACAGGUCUGACUAGAGACCAGGACUUCAAGAACUUUGAGUUUCCUAAAGUGGAAAUGGUAGACGGGGAGGUUUUCAAUGUGGGCUUAGACCAGAUGGGGAUGGUCAAAUACAUUAAGAACGAGCCCGGGACUGACUUCAGAAGCAUGUGUUUAGGCAGCUCCAAAUGUAACUUGAGUAGCUCACCCUUUAUUGCACAGAUAAAGACUGAGCCAAACAAAGACGAGGGAUGCAUGAAUCAGCAGCCGUAUGGUGAGCAAUCGCCGUCUCUUGGUCUCUUCCCUGCAUCUGAGACCACCUAUUUGUCCCUGAGGAAUAAUAUUGAUGAAUACAGUCUGUCUGGUAUCUUAGGACCCCCUAUCUCCUCCAUGAAUGGUAACUAUGAACCCGAUGUGUUCUCCAACAAUGUCCUGUCUAAAGGGGUUAAGCAGGAGUCCAAUGAUGGCAGCUAUUACCAAGAGAAUAACAGCAUGCCCACAUCGGCCAUUGUUGGAGUUAAUUCCAGUGGACACUCGUUCCAUUACCAGAUUGGAGCACAAGGAACAAUGUCUUUCACGCGGCAUGAUGUGAGGGACCAGUCCAACCCUUUGUUGAAUCUAAUUUCGCCUGUAACGGCGUUAAUGGAGUCGUGGAAAUCUCGGCCAGGCAUGUCACAGGGGUCACUGUCAGCCAGAGGGGAGGCAUACCCAGGUCAGAACUGCCUCACAGACAGCAUGCCGAGUUCGUCAUUGAGGCAACCAUCAUCAACGGCCAAAGUGUGCCUGGUUUGUGGAGACGAGGCAUCAGGAUGUCACUAUGGUGUCGUCACAUGUGGAAGCUGCAAAGUCUUCUUUAAAAGAGCCGUGGAAGGUCAGCACAACUACCUGUGCGCCGGGAGAAAUGACUGCAUCAUCGACAAGAUCCGAAGGAAAAACUGUCCGGCAUGCCGCGUACGGAAGUGUCUCCAAGCCGGGAUGAACCUGGGAGCACGGAAGUCCAAGAAGUUAGGUAAGCUGAAAGGAGUUAGCGAAGACCUGCAGGGCUCGAAGGACGGCCAAACCCCCGCUGGUGGAGUGGGAGGCGGUUACCUGUCCUCAGAGAAGGAGCUGAAUGCCAGUGCUGCCAAUGCCCUGGUGCCCCAUGGGCCUGGGGUGGUAACACCUUUUCUGCCACCCUCCAUCUGUAGCGUGUUAGAGCUGAUUGAGCCUGAAGAGGUGUACUCUGGCUAUGACAACACCCAGCCUGACACCACCGACCACCUGCUGUCUAGUCUCAACCGCCUGGCCGGAAAGCAGAUGGUACGCAUGGUGAAGUGGGCCAAAGUACUUCCAGGUUUCCGGGGCCUGCCCAUUGAGGACCAAAUCACCCUGAUCCAGUACUCGUGGAUGUGUCUGUCCUCCUUUUGCCUCAGCUGGCGCUCCUACAAACACACUAAUGGACAGAUGCUCUACUUUGCCCCCGACCUCAUCUUUAAUGAGGACCGUAUGCAGCAGUCGGCCAUGUACGACCUGUGCCUGGGCAUGAGGCAGGUGAGCCAGGAGUUCGUGCGACUGCAGCUAACCUACGACGAAUUCCUCUCCAUGAAGGUCCUGCUGCUUCUCAGCACAGUUCCCAAAGAGGGUCUGAAGAACCAGGCAGCAUUUGAGGAGAUGAGGGUUAACUACAUCAAGGAGCUGCGGCGUUCAGUGGGAAAAGCAACUAACAACUCUGGCCAAACCUGGCAGCGCUUCUUCCAGCUCACCAAGCUACUGGAUGCCAUGCAUGAUCUGGUGGGGAACCUAUUGGACUUCUGUUUCUACACCUUUCGUGAGUCCCAGGCCCUGAAGGUGGAGUUCCCUGACAUGUUGGUGGAGAUCAUCAGUGACCAGAUACCAAAGGUGGAGUCAGGCCUCACCCACACACUCUACUUCCACAAGAAGUGACUCACUAUAUACAGCUAGGGGAGAAACAACAUUCAUAACUGGAAGAGGGGAGGAAAUAGAUCAAGGAAGAGGAAAUGUACAAGGAAGGCCUGACCUGUGGCCGACACCUGUUGCCCAAUAUGCCAGCAACCUUCUCCCAGGCAGGAGGGGAAGUGACAUGGUGCCCAGAACAGAAGAAAAGGGGAGAAGGAUUUGACCCUUAUUCUGCAGUCACCUUGGGCUGGUCAGAGCUGUGAAUAGUUGUUGGAGUCUAGUACGACACACUGAGAAGGACUUGUGACAAAUGUGACAAAGCAUCCCUAACCCCCCCUGCCCCAAAGACGAUAACAGUAUUUUCUAUGGAGAUAAAGCCAUACAUUUCUUAGAAUGCGCUAGAUACAUUCACUACGCACACAUUUAGAGGGGAGUUCUCACUGAUACACAUGCUGUCCACAUGCAUUCACACAAAUGCACAGAUGCACUCCACAUGCACUAAAAUCAGAUCCGCAAAUUCCCUCACAAUUUUAGGAAAAAAAAAAAAUUGCAAACAUUAACUGUGGCUUAUGCAUUCUUUCACAAAUAAUAGCACCACUCUGAGAAUAUGUAAAAAAUAAAUAAUUAUGCCAAUACUUAGAUUUUGCUUUGCAGUGUAGUGACAAACUGCAAAACCACAGGGCAAAGGACUUUAUUAGGAGGCACACUUUCAACAGAAAUUUUAGACUAUCUGUAAUGAGAAAGGUCUAUUUGAAAAUACUCCAAGGGCUAUACAAGCGUCAUCAUAAGCUGAAUAGUGACAUAAAAUCUAACAAGUCCAACUUUGAUUCUCGAUUGGUGUGAACGCGACACCCGUCUUUAACAUCCACAUACUCAGUUUUUUUUAUUGAAACAUGUAGUAAAACAAUCAAAAACUAAUAUGCAAAACUUCAGAGCUAAAGCUGUUUUGAAAUAUGUUUCUAUUGUGUGAAGAAAACUAGAGGACAAUGCACGUACAGCUACCAUGUCAUAAAGUCACUAUUUAAGGCUUUGUGGUGUAGAAUUAAGACAAUAUUGUUGAAUGAUUAUCUUGUGCAAAUGUUCGGGAGUACUAGAGAAUGGAAAACACCAUGCACUUACAAAAAGGAUUUCAGUGAGUCUGCUGGUAAUGGAUUUGACUGAGGUGCAUCCAUAGUAAUUGCUGUCAUUUGUGUAAUCUCCAGAGCACCCGUCCAAAUGUCCGUUUUUACUCACAAUGAAGCAAAACCAGCCCUUUGUGAACCAACACUUAUCUACUCUUCCCAGAAAUAAUAAAAGCAUUUUUAUAAAAGUGUGUUGCAAAGGUUUAGUUUUUGACAAGCCAGUCAUUUUACAUUAAGGUGCUUCAUUUCUACAAAGCCAGGCAAAACAUAACAUAACAUGUACAGUAACUUCGUAGACAGUCCAUGCAGUACGCUAUGGGCGCAGUUUAAACAUGCAUACUCUGUAAUGUUGAUAUAAUCUGAAAAAAGGAGCAUUACUCUGCAGUGCUUACAGCAAAUGGCUAAUGUAUCAAAACUAGGCAAACGUGUACAGGUAUUAACUUGCUUACAGUCACAUUCUAUUCAGCUGUUGUACAGAAAAUGUUUUGAGGUACAUGUUGAUGAAUGCUUGAUAAAGAACUGACUAUUGCAUUGGUAUGGUCACCUUUCCUGCUUCUGUGUUUCUCAUUUCUCUUAUCUUUGGGCCAAGUACUAUUAUAGGUAUGGCAGGCCUAGUCAUCUGGACCAUUAACUUGUCUCACACCCCACUGGUUUCUGGGUGGUUGUGGAACACUACUGUGAUGCUACUGAAAAGCGAUAGAGCCGCUGGGGAAGAAAAACAGUGGGGGCGUGUGAUUAUUUGUUUUUGUGUGCCCUGUGAGUGUGUAUUUACGUGUGUGUGUGUGUGUGUGUGUGUGUGUGUGCGUGCGCGUAUGCAUGCGUGUAUGGGGUAAGAUUGUGUGUGUUUUUCCUGGCAAGCAUGUGCAUAGUUGAUCUGCUCUUUCAGCGUGGGUAUUAUGCAUUUAUGUUAUAGGAUUAGCCAUAUCCUAUUUCCACAUUUAGAUUUGCACAGAGGAGAUACAAUGUGAAAUGAGGCAUUAGUGCAGCUAGCAGGAAUUGUCUGUUUUGAUAAGUAACUGUGAUGAUGUGGGGAAGACUUCUGCAUGAUCACCCAGCCUAAAGUUAGACUAGUCAACAUGACAUCAUUAGUAACAGCGGGAUGGUACACUACUUGUGUUUGUGGCCUCACCUCUCACGGUGACGGCGCUGUGCUACAUUAUGUCUCUUGCAUGGCGGUGGUGUGUAAAUAUGGAUGCACAAAGGAUGGGGAUGGCAGGAUCACAGCUAUGGUAUCAUUUGCAGAAAGGCCUCAUUUUACAUCCUUGUCUUUAUUGUGUAUUAUUGUGUUCAAGUUGUGAAGGACCCUGAAGCUAAUCUCUCACUUUGUUUCUUUAUUUUGCCCCCCCGCCUCCCCUUCCUCCUUUUUUAAGGAAAAAAAAAAAAAACUAUGUCAAAAGGUUCAUAGGAUGAAUGGGAAAGUAUUUUUGAGAGAAUUAUAUUUUGCUGGAAAACAAUAUUUAAGUACUUUGUCUAAAAAUGAUAUCCUUUUUGUAAAAUGAAAUGUUAAUGCAUGCUUUUUGAUGAGAUGUUUACAUUGUAUUUAAAGAAGGGAAACUUGUGCCUUUUUAUCUCACCUGAUUUACAAUUUUACAGUAUAUAUUGUAAAUAAUACAGCAAGUCCUUAUGUUGAGUAUAGUAUGAAACAUUUCUACUUUAACCAUCUUGUUGGAAUUUUGGAAAUGUGUGUUUCCCACUCGCCAUGUUCUGUGUGUUGGAUCAUAGAGAAGAAUUUAUAGUAAGGUCGGCGCCAGAAUGGGCCAGAUAGAGAAAUGAAUGUAUCAAACAUUGUGAGAGACUUAUGGAACUUACUACCUGAAUGUUAGAGAGAGUACCUUUAUUAUCUUCUUUUUAAGUAAAGUUAUUUGAUUUUGCAUUUUUUUUUUUUUUUUUUUUUACUUUUUGCAUUAUUGUUCAUGUGGCUCAAAAAAAAAAAAAAAAAAAGAAGCAAAAAGUAUUUCUUAUUUUGUAACAGAUAAAUGUAUCAGUGAUGGAUCCAUGAGUUGUUGCUGUUGAAAUGAUUUUCCUAACCCAUGGCGGUAUUGUUGAUGAGCACCACAAUAAAAUCAAGAAAUCACAAACUAUUAAAGCUGGAAUACCUGAAAACAUUUUCUUGCCUUUUCAGUUUUAAAACCCGAGCAUUGUGCCCACACCGUGAGCAGAGGGACGAUAAAAUGAUGGAUGUUAACGAAUUUGCAAGAACUUAGCUUCAGCCAAUUUGAUUGUCGCUGAGUUCCUCUGAGCUGUAAAUGCUGUUCUGACUACCAUAAGGAGAAUUUUUCUCCCACAAAAUAAACCAAUUGGACCCAAAGAAUGGCGAGAACAAGCUUAAUGCAAACAAUGUAACUAAAAAUCUACACGUUAAACUGCUGAUGUGAUGAAGUUAACACAGCCUCGAUAUGACCCUUCUGCCUUCCAGAAAUAUGCGGUCUACCUUUUGCUGAUAUAACUUCAUCCGGGAACUGUUUAAAUAAUGAUCACCACUCACUACCAUAUAGAAAACAGUAAAAUAAAAACCUUUUCAGUCCUUAGAGGUAAUGGUAUCUCUAAAGCUGUCUCGUUUUAGGCAUGAGUGACUCGGAAUCUGUUCAAUUUUUUGCUUGUUUCACAGUACACUAUAGCAUACAGCACCAUAUAUGGAGUCAUGUCAUUGCCAUUUUAUGUUCAUAGUCACAAAUCGGGUGUAGACACUAAGCCAUAUCUCCAUAGCCAUGGCAGAGCAUUUCUUAUUAAUAGAUGGUGUUUUAAUUCCAAAAAUGACUUUUUACUCAAAUGCUUUGUACAAUAUUUCUCAGCAACUAUCCAGAGAACAUAGAUAUCCUUCAACAUAAAUGAAUUAAAAAAAAAAAAAUCUUUGAAACUUACUACUGUACAUCUUGAUGCAGAUAUUGCCAUACCUGUGUUUGCAAAACUAUUGCAGGAUUCUAAUAAAAUUGUUAAAUAAAUUGA